AUGGAAUAUUAUUACAAUAAUACUAGUGCCUAUUAUCCUAAUGACCCUUACUACGACACUCAUAUUGAACCUGAAGAGGAGGAAGAAUGGGAUCGAGAGCAGUAUUUAGAUCCUAUGUGGGAAAUUCAGCAAAAGAAGACAUUCACUGCAUGGUGCAAUUCUUAUCUCCGUAAAGCAAACACUAGUAUUACUGAUAUUGAGAAUGAUUUUCGUGAUGGAUUAAAAUUGUUGCAACUAUUGGAAACGCUGUCCGAAGAGACUCUGCCUAAACCAGAUCGCGGCAGAAUGCGAUUCCAUAUGAUCACGAAUGUCAAUAAAGCUCUUAAAUACAUUGAAAGCAAAGGCGUUCAAUUAGUGUCUAUUGGUGCUGAGCAAAUUGUUGAUGGAAAUAUUAAAAUGACUUUGGGAAUGAUUUGGACCAUAAUUCUUCGUUUCUGCAUCCAAGAUAUUACUGUUGAAGGUGAACUUCACGCGAAGGAAGGAUUGCUAUUGUGGUGUCAACGGAAAACCGCACCUUACAAUAAUGUUAAUGUUCAAAACUUCCAUACGAGUUGGAAAGAUGGUCUCGCUUUCUGCGCGCUUAUUCAUAGACACCGUCCAGAACUUAUUGAUUACAAUAAGCUUUCGAAGGAAAAUCCUAUUCAAAAUCUCAAUUAUGCCUUCGAUGUCGCUGAAAAAUAUCUCGACAUUCCUAAGAUGCUCGAUGCUGAAGAUAUGGUAAAUACAAUUCGACCGGAUGAACGGUCUGUUAUGACCUACGUCGCUGCUUACUACCAUGCCUUCGCCAAUGCUCACAGUACUGAAUCAGCUGCAAGUAAGAUUGCAAAGGUGCUUAAAUCCAAUCAAGAUACGGAGAAAUUGAUGGAGGAGUACGCUACUCUUGCUUCGGAUCUUCUCAAAUGGAUAAAUAAUCAGAUACCCUUCCUUGCUGACAAAACAAUAGAUGGAACUAUUCCUCAUGCUAAAGAGAAACUGGCCCAGUACACCGCCUACGGCGGAUCAGCCAAACCACCUCGUGUUGAGGAUAAGGCUCUGCUUGAGGCGUUGAACAAUUCAAUACAAACUCGGCUGAAGUUGGCUCACAAACCCGCCUUUAUGCCGCCAGCCGGUCAGUCUAUUGGGGAGAUUAACGAUGCCUGGAGAAAGUUGGAGGAUCUAGAGAAAGGAUUUGAGGACUGGCUUCUUCAAGAAAUUCGUCGCUUGGAGCAACUUGACUACCUCCUGAAGAAAUUCAGGCUCAAAUGCGCCACACACGAGGCGUGGUCAAAGGAUAAAGUUGAGGCAUUGAGUAAAAAUGACUAUGAGGUCACCUCCUGUGCGGAAUUAGCAGCUCUUGCUCAAAAACAGAGCGCCUUUGAAGCGGACUUGGGAGCUCACCAGAGCCGAGUCGAGAGGAUUGUCGCUAUUGCUGAAGAAUUAAAUGCUCUUAAAUAUGAUGAUGUGGACACGAUCAAUAACAAAACGCAUAAUAUCGUCACCGAAUGGGAUAGACUCGGCGAACUGUCGGCGAAACGAAGGGAAGAAAUUGACAAACGUCUGGAAGUGCUGAAGAAAAUCGACAAUCUUCAACAGUCAUUCGCGAAACGAGUUGGACCCUUCUCAAAUUGGCUGGAACAAGCUGAAGAGGAUUUGCAGGAUCUUUUCAUUGCCGACAGGGUGGAGGAAGUAUCUCAACUAAUCAAUGGUCAUGAAGCAUUCAAGAGAACUCUACCGGCAGCUCAGCAGGAGCUAAAUUCGAUGCUUCAAGAAGCUGGCGAAAUCAGUCGACUUGUGGAACAACAUGAUCUACCUCGUGAGGUUGCUGUCAACCCCUACACUAUGAUUACUCAUGAGACUCUUCACGAUCGGUGGGGAAAUGUUCAAAGCCUUGUGCCGGAACGUGAUGUAGCUCUUGAGACCGAAAUGGCCAAGCAACAGCGCAAUGAACAACUACGCACGCAAUUCGCUAUGCAUGCCAAUCGUCUUGGUCUUGGACUGGAGCGUGCUUUGGACGCUCUAUUCGCAGCUCAGAAUACACCAAAUAACCUGCAAUUGGAGCAACAGAUGGCUGGUUAUAAGAAGAUGGAAGAAGAGUUGGAUAAAAUGAAGCCGGUGAUUGUGGAAGCGGAGAGAUGCUAUCAGGUAUUGUUUGCCCUUUUAAUAUUCUUACUUUCAUGA